UAAGGUUAGGAUAAGCAGGCAGGCAGGGUUGUUGGUGAAGCGGAACGGAUAAUCUCAUCUUAUCUCAAUUCUUCAUUCUCAGGUGAGCAGUGAAUCAUGACGAAGAAGGGGAAGAAGCAAUUACUGUCUUCAGCGCCGUGGAGGGGUGAUGACACGGAAGAUUUCCAAGAUGCAAAACUCAAACUCACGAGCCAGCCCGGUGACACUGCAACCAUGCACGUCCCUCGCACCAACCCCAACCUUCAUCACCAGCACGACGAUUCCAUUGAGAUUGAUCCUCAGCUACGCUACAGCUUCCAGCGCAAUUUUCAGUUUCUUCAACGAGUCUUUAGUAUUGACACUGUUGUCAAACCUCUACCUCCUGCCAUGGGACAGAAUGUCUCUCGCAACUUGAACUUCUUCACGCGCAUUUUCACGCAAUUCUAUGAUCCUGAAGGCCUUGCAAAUGCCCGGAAAUCUUUGGGGAUAGGACAGGAAGAUAAAGUUCGCAAAGUUCGUUGAAGAUAAUCCAGGAGUACAACCAAAUAAAAAAUGGAAAGAGGAAAGAGUAUGUAGAAAUAUCAUUCAUGCCUAAUUUUUUGUGAUGUGGUUGUUGGCGGGAUUAUUCAGCUUGUUUUCUCAUGAAACUUAGUUACUUAUAUUAUUAUCGAGCAGCAUUACAAUUUGAUUGUGCUUGUGAAUUGUGAUUUAUUUGUUUUCUUACUUAUGCUGUGAUUUAUGAAGCAAUUUUUGAGUUA